UAAAGAUCGGCUUAUCCGCUUUGGAUUGUCAAUCCAAAGUGGAAAAUAAAACCAAUCGAAACUUGAUGAAAAAAACAGACAAGAUGAUGGGGCGGGCUCAGGCGCAGCGGGGCUUUCGCUUUCCUUUUGUGGUUACUCUUGUCUUCGCGACGUGUUGUCGCUUUGCCUAUGGUGGGGAGACUACGUCAGCAACAUCACACGUGCAUCUUGAAGAUGUCUCCUCCCCGUCCGCGAUCGAGGAGGAUCAUGUUCAUGUGAGGAUUCCUUCGGGCACGACGAUGACUUCACCCCCAGAGCAACUUCGAGAGCCCGCUGUCAAAAACAUUCAAGGCGGACCUAGUCCUCCGAACCCGUGCGAAGUGGCUCUGCGAGAGCAAGUGCGAGGCACGACUUUGACGCAAUUCGGAAAAUUACUGCUCUUCGGUACGGGAAAACAAAUUCCAUACGACGCAGGAAAGUACAAGUUUUGCCGAGCACUGGAAAACGCAAAGUAUUUCCUGGCGGAGUUCCAGUACCAGUAUGUCAACGGGGGUGAGGUGGAGGAGGAGCAACAGCAGAAGCAAGGAUAUCAUGGCGCUUUUACGAAAGAGGACGGCACCAACGUUGUCGAAAAUCUGCUUGCGCCAGCAGUUUCUGAAGUGCUUUCGCGAACGACCAUAUCACAGGAUGAUCGGGAGGACAAAAUUCUUGAGAAAAACGAUGGGCAGCACCCAUUGUUCUCGUUCCCGAGAAACAUCAUUCUCGAUGCCCUCAAUCCCAUGCUUCAAACCGAAGACUUGUUGACGGGAAAUAAACUGUUUGCAAACCCGGCGAUAAUUGAUGCCCGCCGAGGACAUCCGAAUCUUCACGCAGCUCCGAAUAAAGCCUUGGCCAUCCCGAUGAAACUGGGUCUGUGCCUUCCCGCGACGCACGUGGUCAAUAACAAGCGCCUCCCAGCUUGCACGAAACAAACCGUACACGACAUGCUGCAAGACUGGAUGCGACCCAAAGCGGCUGCGCGAAGAGGCUCGAAACUUUCGUCCGCAUCAGCAAGCCAUGAAGCCGAACUGCAGACACAAACCACGACCAAACUGGAAGAUGAAGAUCAAGAUGAUUCAAACACCCGUCUGCUCAGCGCCGUCAUUCCCACCGAUUCCAAGCAAAAGGACGCGACCAAAGUGCAAAUCACCUGCCCCGAGGAGGACACGGUGACUUCCCUCGAUGACUACGCGAUCGCGUCUAUCGGCUUUCUCGGGCUAUUGCUUUUGACAGUCAUUACCGCGACCUUCCGGGUGCAGGUUUUCGAAGCUGCGAUGGAAAAGUACGAGAAAAAUGUCAGGCUGCAAUCGGAACUGGAUCGGAGACUAGUGGAGAGUUACUGCAGCAACAGCGUGUCGACGAGCAGUUUGCUGAACAGCAGUUAUCCAAGUUCGGAAGUCGGUGGUGGGGAAAAUAAUGAUGUUUUGGUCGUCAACGCCGAGACCAUUCAGACACCGAGAGGAAUGGAAGAUGGUACUCUUUCUAGUACUGAAGUAGAUGUAUGCAACUUUUAUUGCCUAAGCGUAGUUAGGUAAAUGGUACAGACUUGUUUUUUGUGAUUGAUAUUCAAGAUUCGUGAUGAGCAAGACAUGUUGACAAUUACAAAUCAGAAACAGGCUCUACCGACGGCACGCCCAGUACGGCAUCGUCACCAAACGAAGCGGAGCCAACAUCACAAGCUACUACACCUAGAGGAGCCACAGCAGCAGCACCUGCAGUUGUUUCGUCAUCCUCUGCAAAACAAGCAAAGCAGCUCAACACGGGCACCGCGUCCCGGCCGCUUCUCAUCGUCGACACGCUGAUGGAGCGACGGUUAGAGGAGCAGACCACCAUCCCACAACUCCCCCGUCCGAUCGCCCCACCACUAUGGGCGAAAGCGUUUGCGCUGUUUGGGAAGACAGGGACGUUGACGAAGUUGUUUCAGACAAAUACGAACACAGGAAGAAAAAACAAUUCGCCCAGAAAACCCCACACCAACGACCGGCCGACGGAUUGUCUGAACGGAAUGCGGGUUUUGUCUAUGCUCUGGAUCUAUCAAAUGCAAAAAUGUCUGGGUCUGGAAGAGUCCAAGACUUGUGAUGCAGGUUUUCCAUGACCCGUGAGGUCUGGAAUGCGAGACCCAGCAUGACAAAUUCUUUGAGGUCUCUAUCAUGCCUUUCCUGCGUGAGAAACUCCCUCUCAGCUUGGUCAAAAGCGGACAGCUUUUGGCACUCACGCAACACAGAUUUUUGCAUCAUUCAGAUUUAGCAUGACAGGUUCUAAUCUUCCCGACCCAGACAUUUCUACAUUUGAUAGGAUCAUCCUUGGCCAUACCUUUCUCAUGCCCGAAGGCCUCACCGGCUACAGCAACAACGAGGACAUCGCGAGCAUCAUGCGACCGUUCGUGACCGCUGACUUCAGUAGCGAGACCGCGCCCUGGCUGAUGUUUGUGCUCGCUGCGGAAUUUGGGGUGGACAGCUUUUUCUUCAUGAGCGGGUUUUUGCUCUCCUUGCUGCAACUACAAGAGCUGGAGAAGAAGCACGGGAAGAGGAGUAUCAGGGAUAGAAGAAGUGGAUCAUCUGCUGAAAAUUCUACAAAUCGCAGGCCGUCCCUCUUCCAACACUUCAAAAAGUGGCUUUUUGGCUUGUUCCAGCGGUACGUCCGGUUGACCCCAAGCCUGGCACUGGCUUUGAUGCUGUACUACAAAGUUCUCUACUUUUUCGUCGCGAUUGGCGACCAAGGGAGCAGCGCUGUUCCUGUCGAUGGUGAUAGCAUCGUGCAAUCUGUCCCCUCCUCCGGGCCUUUCGUCCCCUUACUGCAAGACUCGAUCAAGAACAAGUGCGAUUCCUCCUGGUGGAGCGAACUCAGCUACACGGUGAAUUUCAUCCCCUUUGACUCCGACAAGGUCUGCAUGGGCUGGAGCUGGUACCUGGGGAAUGACAUGCUGUUUUUCGCAGUGGGCACGGUAAUUGUGCCGCUUUACUUUCACAAGUCGAAACUGCAUGGGGUUAUUCUCCUGCUCACGUUUCUCCUCGCCGCUGUCGGGAUCACGACCUACCUGAUUUACCACUACCAUUUAUCCCCUUAUCUCUUCGACCGGCACUACCUGGACUACAGCUAUUACGCUUAUUCGAAGCCCUACUGCCGGAUCGGCGCUUAUCUGAUCGGGUUAGCGACCGCGUGGCACGUGCUGGAGCGGGAAGAAAAGCAAGACCAUGCGAGGUUUUUCGGCAGUAAAAGGGCGAGCGUGUUUUUGCUACUGGCUUUUUCCGUUUUGGCGGUGUUGAUCUUCAUUCCGGCAACGGACGGGGGGGAGAACAAAAACAGCUGGUCCGAUUUGGAGUCGAAUUUGAUGCUGAAUUUCGGCCGGCUUUUCUGGGCCGGGUGUCUGGCCGUGAUCGUCACGCAUUGCUAUUUUGGGCACUAUCCGUUCAUUGACAGCGUCUUAGCGCACGAGAUCUUCACGCCUUUAACGAGAUUGUGCUACGGGGCGUAUCUGUGCCAUCCGUUGGUGAUCAAGUAUUUUGCCGGGACCAGCCUGCAAUUUUACAACUUCGACCUGCAUACGAUCUUCUCCCAGUUUCUCCUACACACGGUUUUGUCGUUUUUACUCGCGGUGGUCUUGUGGUGUCUGGCUGAAAGGCCAGUGAUGACCAUUGCAGGCGCUUAUUUGAAGUAGCCAUAGAAAUGUACUGUUUACGUUUUCAUCUGAUUUUUCUGCACCGGCAAGGAACAUGUGGACAUGAACACGAAGACGAUCGACAAGAGCGACGAAGUCAAAGAAAUUUCAGAGUCGACGAACAGCAGACGCUCGCUUACUUAUAGCAGCACACUAACACGAGCUGCCACGUAUACUACUUUGGAAUCAAAAGAUUUAUUUGAUGCGCUUUCUGGUGGAGCUGGAUGGUCUGGUGUGGCUAGUGCGUUUUGCUUUCCCAUUUAAAGAAAUGCAC